GUCCAGGCGACUUCUAUCUCUCGUCCCGAGUGGAACCUCGUUUUGCCAAGUCACGAUUACUCAAUGCCAUUAGUCAAGCAGAUGAUUCCGUCGAUCAAGCCAUGUCACAAGCAGCUAUCUUCCCCACUGGUGCCGCACCACCUAAAGAUCCUAAGAAGCCCCACUUGGGAUAUGCCACUGAGAAAUCCAGCAAUGGAGAAAUCACAUACUAUGCAAGCGUUGGCGGCAAUGGCCGUGUAUCUUUUACUCCUGCUAGACAACUUAAAGUCAACUCAGCGGAAGAUAGCACAUCAAGCUUAUGAUGCGUUGACCUCUGAUGUCAAAGUGGAUGUCUUUGUUAGCGGAACUUUAAAUUUAUAAGAAUAAAACCUCGCAUUCAUCGGCAUGGAACACUUGUUGUUCUUUACCCAUGUCUACACUCCUUAACAGAUUGCAAGAACUUGUUGCUGGCUCAACAGUUCCAUACCUCUCCUUCAACCGUGAUGUUGUUGAUAAAGUAGGCAAAACUACUGGUCUUCUCGUCGCUACCUAUGUAAUCACCACGAGGAUUUAUAGUGCUUUCUUUGGACCGCUAUCUAAAUAUCCUGGUCCUUUCCUUGCAAAGUUCGUCAACUGGGGUGACGGUCACUAUGAUUCCCCUGCUGGGACAAGAUUUGAAAAACUUAUUAAGCUUCAUAAAAAGUAUGGACAUAUCGUUCGAAUUGCUCGAAAGCAAAUUAGCGUUAGCGAUAAAGAUAUGAUUCAACAGAUUCUGGUCAAGGACGAUCUACCAAAAGCAUAUAACUAUGAGGCCUAUCAACUCGAUGGCCACCCUACAAUGUUCGAUACCACAGAUAAAGAAUUUCACAAGUCAAGAAGAAGAAUUCUCUCUCCAGCUUUCUCACUUCGGUACAUUGGAUCCAUGGAACCUCUGAUGCGCUCCACUACCACGCAUCUAGAGGUCGCCUUGAGUAAAUCAAUCAACGAAGCAAAUGCCGAAGGUCGAGAGUAUGCCGAAAUUGAUUUGUGGAUGAUGCUACAACACUAUGCAAUCGAUAUCAUCGGUUUAGCCGCCUUUGGUACAGAAUUUAAUAUGGUCACUACUGGUCAUCAUCCCUUGCCUGAAGUCAUUACCGAUCGUCUAAAAUUUACUAGUUUUAUUGGUUUACAUCCAAAAAUUAGUAAAUGGAUUCCAAAGAAACAACAUCCUUUCUUGGUUACCUUUAUGAAAGAUGUCAUCCAAAACCGAAUUGACUCUGGUGAAAAGCGCCAAGAUAUCCUCGAUUUCUUGAUUGGAACACUUUACACCAAGUCAGAGGACGAUCGACUCCAAAUAGAAGAUAUCAUCAAUGAAGUUGUCCUCUUUUUGAUUGCUGGUAGCGAAACCACUUCCAACACUAUGGGAUUCCUGUUCAUGGAGAUGUUCAAAAACCCACAUGUUUAUGAAGAGCUUCGAAAUGAAAUUGAUGCUAUUGAAAUGGAGGAAGGACAAACCGUCCUCAAUAAUAGCCAAGUUAAGUCUCUGCCUUACUUGAAUGCAGUCAUCGAGGAAACUCUACGAUUUCAUCCCGCCAAUCCAGGUGGUGCUCCCAGAAGAACUGUGAGCGACAUAACCCUGGUGGGAAAUCAUUUUGUUCCCAAAAAUACUACAGUUAUUGCUAUGGGUAUGGUUGCCCAGACACACCCUGACUACUGGGAAGAGGCUGACCGAUUUAUGCCAGAAAGAUGGCUAGAUCCAGUCAAAGCAAAGGAAUAUGCAAUGGCCUGGUUCCCUUUUUCUGCAGGAUCUCGAAAUUGCAUUGGAAAAGCUUUUAGUCUCCAAGAAAUGCGUAUUUGCGUUGCUAAUCUCGUUAAGAAAUUUGAAUUUCUUCCCAUUGAAUCGUCCAUGGAAGACGCAAAGGAUAGACGACAAUUCGUAACCCUGGGUAUUGCUAAGAACACCUUCAAGGUUCGCGCAGUCUUGCGAACAUAAAUCAUUAUACUUAAACUCAAUCUUUAUAUCGUCCCCAUUCCAUUCUCACCUUUUUAUCAUAUGGCUUUUCUUAUAUUCUUAUUCUCAAGUUCAAAGACAAUAAACCCAUUUUGAAACUCCGGA